UGUAAUAUGUCAAUGGUUAUACAUAAUUCCCUUAACUAUAUUCGAAAAUUUACCGCAAAUCUGAAAGUAAACUUGCGUGUAAUUUUGAAAUUAGAAACGUACUCGAAACAAAUACAAUAAAUAACAGAGCUUCGCAUUGUCACUGCAAGCAUAGUCAAAUUUGUAAGUCGAAACCCGCGAUAUGCGUAUUUCAUUCAAAUUACAGUGUAGCUCUACAACAUUUAUGUACGACUCAGACAAAAUACUUUUGCACAAGUUGAUUGGUUGUUCACCUGUCUGAAACUACCACUUACCGGAGGCAUGCGAAUGAAGUUCUUCGAAGUAUUUGAGAAUGAGUUACAUCGAUAUAUUUCAAGCGCAUACUAAGGAAAUGUUAGAGGAAUACAAAAAAAGCAUGAGCUGCUAUAUCGAAACACAUUUGAUUUCACUGAAGAAGAAGGCGGAUCGCAUUAACAAUCAAAAUGAAGACUGUCGGCGAGCCGUGAAGACCGAAGAAGAUGCAAUCCAUUUGACCAUGCUUAAUAAGCUUAUUAAUCGCUUAGAUGAGUCCACAAUAUCCCUAGCAGCAAAUGUCGUCAAACUUCGGAGUUUUCAACAAUAUCAAAUUAACGCGGCAGAUCUAGCGAAUGUCCGCGCUAAUGUGGAAGACUCCAACCUGAAUCAGAGUGCAAAAAAUGCUGCAGCGUCGUUAGAGAGACAUAUUGAAAACCUUCGUAAACGGCAAGCAACGUUAGAAAAUGAUCUCGUCAACGUGAAACGGCGAAGAACGGACUUCGCGACGGCUUUUAAGGGCUCUUCACGGCGACUGGAUGCUGAAGAUGCUGGGUACAUUAAUGGCCUUCUUACAGCCGAGUUGCAAAUGUGUCGAGCUUCAGCUGAAAAGGAGAUCCGCCAGUUUCGAGGUGAACUUGCCCUUGCAAUUGCGGAAAGACGACGUGAAAUCGCAUCGAUUGAAGCUGAAGCCAAGCGACAUCAUAGGGUUCAUGCAGAGUGCGAUAAACUCCUCAAACAGGAAGACCGACGUUUCAAUAAACUAGAGGCCGCAGCGAACAAACGACUUGCCAUGGCGCAGAAGACUUAUGAGGAGCUAUCACAUGAAUUUGAUAAGCUACAAAAAAAAUGGUGAUGAUCGGCCAUCAUUCGAAAAUCGGUCCGGACCACCGAUGAGAUAAGGGAUUGUGCGAAACUGCGUAUCGGACCCUACCAACGAAAGCUCCACUGCAUGUGAAUAAUGUGUCGAUAUGUGAAAAUUACCUGUAGCAAAAAAAAACUGUGUUAAGCGCUAAUAUUUUUUAUGUUAUUAAAAAACAAUUAUUCGAUGAGACAUACAAUGCGUGGUCCGUACGUUCUCCACACGUUUGCUUCACAGUUGUUUGAUUUCUACCCACCCAGGUGAAAUACGUUCUGUUUACAUAAAAUUCAUUUUUGAACUUCACCUAAGGUAGCUUUAUUCUCUUUGUCAAUGUUUUUUUCCUUAUAUGUGUGGGGUUCACCCAGUUAUGUAUCUGAUAAGAGAUCCCCCUUACAACAAAGGCCACCUGUAGCGUAAGAGGCACUAUCGUAUAUCGAUUCUAAAAUAAAUCUAUGUCUCUGUUCCACAAAUUAAUAGUAGGAUUGUUCGACAUUUGCGUAAACAUGACGUCUUGAUUCUGCGAAUCGUUAGAUACUCCAAUAACGCCAACCGUCGAACUGUGAUGUUUCAAAGCGCUCUAAUAUUGAUGAAAUGCGUGAAUAAAUUAAAGCUAGUUCUGAUUUGUGAUCCAGUCA